GAUAAACCUUUACUGAUUUUUUUCUGGUCAACUUUUACAUCAUUUUCAUUUGCUACUUGAUUUAUAAUGCUUUUGUCCAAUUUCGUCUUUUACUUGCUUAACAAGUUUACUUCUAGUUUUUUGCUUCUUUAACACCUUAAUUGUAACAAGUGACAAUGGCCAUUACCUCAUCGACUACAGCAUUAAUAAUGUCAAGUCCAGUUAAUUGGAGACAUUUGUUUCUCUUCUCACUCAUUUUUUGGUCCAUUUCAAGUCAAAUUGUUUCAAUGUGGAUAUUGUUGAUGUUGAAUGGUUUUACAUUAAGUUCAGGGUUUACUUUGACAACCAAGAAACCCAUCAACUCGAAUCAUGAUUCAAGGCAUUUACCUCGAGGCUGGUUCGGAGCAAUCCCUGAUGAUGAUGCCAGUAAUCACAAUAAUGAUGAUAAUGAUGAAGUUGCCCUUGUGGUUGAAAAUGUCGACCCAAGUGAAGAGGCAAAGAAGGACGAAAAAGAUCAUUUCUUCCAUGACAAUCAAACUCCAUCAAGUGUACCCAGUGAUAAGUCAAACAUCGAUGGGCAAUCAAGUGAUGUCUCGGUUGACUUUAGCCAUUCCUUUAGCCCAACAAAUCCAUCCAUUGAUUCACAUUUUUCAACCUCUUUGCCAACAUCUUCAACCAAGCAAACCUUUUCUUUUGAAAAUAGUUCUGAUGACUGGGUGACAACUGAUUUAGUGUACAAUAAUUCUGAUGAAAAUGAGAAUGAAGUUGACCAACAGAAUAAAGUAAAUGAAGAAGAUGGGUUCAUGAUUCGCGGGUCAAGUGAAACUCAGGAAGAAGCAACUGCAUUUGAUAAACACUUUUGUGCCUGUAAAAAUGAAACAACUCACAGUUGGGAUCAUGUUGAAAUAUCAUGUAAAUGUUUCGGUGAAACAAUAGUGGACAUACCUAAUCACCUGACGAAAGGAGUCGCGAAAUUAUCGAUGAUCUCAACGGGAAUCCAAACUCUUGUUCAAAAUGCCUUUCACUCUUAUUCAGCCUCAUUGAAAGAUUUGUAUUUGGAGUCAGUAAAAAAGUUGCGUUGGAUCGAACCAGGUGCUUUCAACAAUCUUCCUUUUCUUAGAACAGUGUACAUAAAACAAGCACCUUUGUUGAAGUUCAUUCAUGACGGAGUCUUCUUUGGAAGCUUCCCAAAAUUUCAAGUUCUAAAAAUCAUUCAAUCUGGACUGGAAGUUUUACCGUCAAUGAAAUACUUCGAAACUAAAGGAAUAAUUUCACUUUUAGAUUUUGACAGCAAUAGAUUAAAAAAUAUAUCAAGUGCUUCCAUUCGUGUUCGAGCAAGUAACAUGAUUUUAGAUUACAAUAGCAUUGAAAAGGUUUACAGUUAUGCAUUUCUCGGUUCACACAUUGCCAAGUUAAGUCUCAAAGGAAAUCGACGAUUAGUAACAAUUGACGAUGAAGCUUUUGUUGGAUUAAGAAAUUUGGCCAAAUUAGAUUUAUCAGAGACGAGUAUAACUCGAUUACCAACGAAAGGAUUGGAGGAAGUUGAAGUGAUCAAGAUUGUUGAUACUUUUACGCUCAAAGUAUUUCCAUCCGUUUUUAAUUUUAAAAAUUUAAAGGAAGCUCAACUCACUUAUCCAUACCAUUGUUGUGCAUUUAAAUUUCCUGCAACUCACGAUCCAAAAGAGUUUGCAUCUCGAGUUUUUGAAGAGAGAAGGAAUUGCCGCCAAGGGACGUCUGGUUCCACAGUUUUAUCAACACCAUCAUCAACAACAACUGUAGCAACAACUUCAACAACUUUAUUGACGAGUUUACAUUCAUUGGUAAGCCGAUCUACUUCACCAUUUACAGAUGAUUCAUUUGAUGAAAGAAACCAAGAGAAUGUCUUCAAUGAUAAUUAUCAUGAAAAACAGAAUUUGAUCAACAAUUAUGAACUUAAAUCCAAUGGUGAUCUGAUUGGUUCUUACUGGAAGUUUAUUGGUGAUGGAAUAAAACAUUAUACUCGACGAUUAAAUUCACUGCUAAGUGAUAACAAUUUUAUUGGAUCAAUAAAUUCCCAAAAGAGUAUCGAGUCUUCCUCUUUGCUUUUCAGUGAUAAUAUUAUUAGUGAGGAUGAACAGGAUGAGAAUGAGGAUAAUAAUAAUGAAAAUAAUGAAAAGGAUAAAAUUGAUGAUGAUAAUGGUGCAAGAGAUAAGAUGAGGAGAGAAAUGAAAAAUCAUUUAGACGAUAGCGUACGGUUCAAUAGUUCAUCCAUCAUCAACUCUAACAGUUUACCUAAUGGUGAAUAUAUUACAACAACCUUAAGCCCUUUAAUGGAUCAAAGUAUUUUUGGUAAACUGAUUGUCAGUCCAUCAGAUGCAAUCGAUCAAAAGGUGAACUCUUCAUCCAUCGACAUUUUGGCUGGCGCUCUUAACCCACAAUCACCGGGUUUCGGGCAAGUUCAACCAUCCAUCUUUGAGCUGCCCAAUGAACAACUAAAGCACAGUGAAGGUGAUUUCAUUGGACAGUUUCAUCCAACAGCGGCCUCUGUUUUACCAGAGAAACCAAUUCAUGCCUUUUGUGGUGAAUACGCUCAAAUAUUUCGUGAUAUAAAAUGUUCACCUGAACCUGAUGCAUUCAAUCCUUGUGAAGAUGUUAUGGGAAAUUUAAUGCUUCGCAUUGCCGAUUGGAUCAUAUCCAUUGCUGCCGUUUUAGGCAACUUGGCUGUUAUGGUUGUCCUCAUGUCGGGAAGGUUUAAAAUGAAUGUUUCCAAGUUUCUCAUGUGCAACUUGGCGUUUGCCGAUUUCUGUAUGGGCAUCUAUCUGCUUAUAAUAGCAAUCAUUGACAUUCACACGGUUGGAGUUUACUUCAACUAUGCCAUUGACUGGCAACACGGAUUGGGUUGCAUGAUAACUGGCUUUAUAACCGUGUUUGCCAGUGAACUCUCAAUCAUUACCCUGACUGUGAUAACAUUGGAACGUUGGUAUGCGAUAACGCACGCAAUUCACUUACACCGUCGCCUCAAGUUGAACCUCGCAGUUAAGACAAUGAUCGGUGGUUGGAUUUACUCGCUGUUGAUGGCGUCCCUUCCCUUGUUUGGCAUCUCGGGAUAUUCAAAGACAAGCAUCUGUCUUCCAAUGGAAAACAAAGACACAGUCGAUAUCAUUUACUUGAUUACACUUCUCUCAUUCAACGCUUUGGCCUUUCUUUUAAUAACUGCUUGUUAUGGCAAAAUGUAUCAUGCAGUUGCAAGUCAACAUGGAAGGAUAACGGCAAACGAUCAAACAAUAGCCAAAAGAAUGGCUCUUUUGGCAUUAACCGAUUUUGCCUGUUGGGCACCGAUUGCGUUCUUUGGUCUAACUGCUGUCGCUGGUUAUCCCUUGAUCAACCUUACCAACUCGAAAAUUUUACUAGUCUUUUUUUAUCCUCUCAACUCGUGUGCCAAUCCUUUUCUUUAUGCAAUUUUGACCAAACAAUAUCGAAGAGACUUUUUCAUUCUCAUCUCAAGGUAUGGUCUGUGUAGAGGAAGUGCUGCCAGGUACAAGGGAACCUCAAAUAACUGUAAACAUCGUCGUAAAGGAUCGUGUAAAAAAGGAAGAUUUUGCCAAGUAGCCUAUGAUUGUCGAACUGAUAGACACAAGUGUAAACGAUGUCGCCAUUGUCUCCAUUCAAAUACUUCUUCGGAGGAAAACUCGUCUCGAUCCGUCAUCUAUUCGGCAAUUGAACUUUAUCCAGAUAGCAGUGUAAGUGGGGAUUCGGUGCAUGAAGUUUUGAAGAUGGGUCACGUUAUUUGUGAUGACAAACAGCAAAGUUGUUCACAUCAUCAUCACCACUACCAUCACCAUUACCAUCACCACAAGUCCAACAAGGAGAGUAAAAAGUUUCCCAAUCACCGUCCAAUAAGCCAAACAACAAUAAUUUAUUCAGAUGACGAGAGCAAUUCAUCAAUCUCAUUAAAGAAAAGUCCAUUGAUCAUUAAAAAUGGCAAGGAAUUGCGACGCCUUCCAAGCUCCGAACGUGAUGAAGUACUGAGAAAAAUGUUGGGUGAUUCGACUCUUGCACCAACAACUGCGGGUAAAAAUGUUGUCCCAAGCGUUUGGACAACAUCAAAUUCUUGUACAAGCAUCCACAAGAGCCAUAAAAAUUGCACCUCAUGGAUCCAGCGAGACAGUUCAUCGGGUGAAAAAAGUUCUGCUGGAAACAACAAUUCUUCAAGCAAUGGAACAGCCAUUGAAAUUAUCAAGCGUGAAAAGAGAUGUUAUUGUUGUAAACAUUGUAAACGGAUUCCCAUUGAAAAUGGUAGCUUUGUGUUGAGCAGUCAUUCGAAUAGCGCAGCUGAUGACACUGAAAUUUGACAAUCUAUUAAUCCAACAUGAAAAUCAUCUCAAGUUACAAAAUAAAAAUUUUGUUUCUCUUUUUAA